AGUCAAAUUGAACGAAAAAAAACGCCUAUUCAAUAUUGAAGAAAACGCGUGUGUGUGUGAGUGUAUAAGUGUGUGUUCUAUAUUUACCUGAUUUCUUCAAUCAAUCAAUCAAACAUUUGUUAUCUAGUGAACAUGACCAAACCGGAGGAUUAUUAUUCAUGGUUCCGUUCGGAACAAAUGUCUCUGUGUCAAUUAUAUUUACAAUCCGAUUCGGUUUAUCAUAUCGUUGCAUUAUUAGGUGAAAAAGGAAUCUGUCAAUUUCGUGAUCUAAAUCAAUCAAGUAAUUCUUUUCAACGGAAAUAUGUUGCAGAAAUUCGACGUUGUGCUGAAAUGGAACGAAAAAUUGUUUUCUUUGAAAAAGAAAUGGAACGAGAUGGUGUUUCGGAUGUUAAAAAAUUUGAUCAUCACGAUGAUGAUCGACAACAACAGCAGCAACCGAUUGAUAUACCAUCUAUGAAAGAUUUGAGUCAACUUGAACAACGUCUAGAAAAAUUGGAACAUGAUUUAUUGAAUGAGAAUAAAACACAAUUACAGAUGAAACAUCGAUUACUUUCAUUGACAGAAUACAAAGAAAUUCUUCGAAAAGCUGAUCAAUUUUUCAAUGAAGCACAAUCUGAUGGACCAUCGGCGAAUAAAUCAAUGUUACGACGAAUGUCAGUGGUCGAUCCAGAUUUGAUGCGUCGAUUUUCGAUGCAUAUGCAUCAACCAAAUCAACCCAAUCAACUGAAUCAAAUACCAUUGGAACCGGUGAUUGAAUUAGCGACAAUGACUGGUAGUAUUCUUGCAAGUCGUUUCAUGUCAUUCGAACGAAUGUUGUGGCGUGUUUCACGUGGUAAUAUUCUCCUGAAACGUAUCGAUGUUGACGAAUUACUUGAAGAUCCUGAAACCGGGGAAUUGCAACACAAAUGUCUUUUCAUUCUGGUAUGUCAAGGAGAAAAAUUACGUAAUACUUGCCAGAAAAUAUGCACCGGAUUUCAUGCUAAAUUAUAUUCAUGUCCAGAACAACGUGAUGAACGAAAUAGUGCUCAUCAAAGAGUAUUGCAUGAUAUUUGCGAUAUUCAAAAUGUAAUUGCACGCACUAAUGAUCAUCGUAAAAAUUUAUUGGUUGCAAUCGCUACUAAUCUGCAGAAAUGGAAAACAACAAUUAUUAAAGUGAAAAAUACCUAUGAAACAAUGAACCUGUUCAGCAAUGAUGUUACUGGACAUUGUUUGAUUGCUGAAUGUUGGAUACCAUCCAAUCAGAUUGCUGAAGCUCGUUCGAUUCUUGUACAAGGACAAAUGAUGUCCAAUUCAUUGGGUCCAUCAAUUUUGGAUCACAUACCAACUAUAGAAACACCGCCAACUUAUAAUGUUAGCAAUAAAUUUACAGCCGGUUUUCAGGCAUUGGUCGAUUCAUAUGGUUCAUGUACAUAUGGUGAAGUUAAUCCGGCACCGUAUGCAAUUAUUUCAUUUCCAUUCAUUUUUGCCGUAAUGUUUGGUGAUACUGGACAUGGUAUUAUUAUGGCUUUAUUUGCCUUGUGGAUGAUAAUCAAAGAAAAACAAUUGAAAUCUGUGAGAAAUGAAAUAUUUUCCAUGUUUUUUGCUGGUCGUUAUACAAUAUUAUUGAUGGGAUUAUUCUCCAUCUAUACCGGUGCCAUGUAUAAUGAUAUCUUCUCUAAAUCCGUAAAUCUAUUUGGCACUGCAUUUCAUCGUGAUUUGGAUAAAUUUGAAGAACUUUCUAAUGUGACUUCAGCGUCUGGUCAUCAUCUCUUGCAUCUGGUGCCUGAUAAACAUUUGGAUCAAGAUUUUCGUUAUUACUUUGGUAUGGAUCCAGUAUGGCAAAUUGCAUCGAAUAAAGUACAAUAUACAAAUACGUAUAAAAUGAAACUUUCCGUAAUAUUGGGUGUUUUACAAAUGUUUUUCGGUGUAAUCCUGUCGGUAUUUAAUCAUUGUCAUUAUAGUGAAUGGAUUAGUGUUUGGGUAGAAUUCAUUCCACAACUUGUAUUCUUAUUGGCAAUAUUUGGUUAUAUGAAUUUUAUGAUUUUCUUCAAAUGGUUCGCAUAUGAUUCAACGCGUGCUGGUUGUGCGCCUUCCAUUCUCAUCACAUUGAUUAAUAUGUUUAUGUUUAAAAUGCCUGAUGAAAAAGAUCCUUGCUAUUUGAAAGAUGAAAUGUUCCCAGGACAAUUUACUAUUCAAAGUAUAUUUAUCAUUCUAGCACUUCUCAGUGUUCCAAUCAUGUUACUUAUUAAACCACUCUAUUUACUUUGUCGACAUCACGGUGCUCAAAAAAGUACAAUAAUUUAUGAUCAAAAUUCAUUUGAAAUGGAAAAUUCAUCGCAUUCAAAUCAAAAUUUGGAAGCAGGAAAUGUACAACAACAACAACAACAAGAAAUGGUAUCGAAUUCGAAUGGAAAUCAUAUCAUCACCGUAGAAGACAAUACGUCGCAACGAAGCGAACAUGAAGUUAAACAUGUUGAACACGAUGGAAACAAUCAAGGACAUGCAGCAAAUGCAACUGAUGAAUUCAGUUUUGGCGAUGUUUUCAUCAAUCAGACCAUACAUACGAUUGAAUAUUGUUUAGGAUCCGUAUCACAUACAGCAUCAUAUCUUCGACUUUGGGCAUUAAGUUUAGCCCAUGCUGAGCUUAGUGAAGUCUUGUGGAAUAUGGUUAUGAUACAGGGUUUUAUGGAAUUUAAAUUCCAAUAUGGCUAUUUAGCAGGUGCAGUUGUCAUGUUUUUUGUUUUUGCUUUUUGGGCUAUACUCACUGUUGUCAUUUUAAUUGUAAUGGAAGGAUUAUCGGCAUUCUUACAUGCAUUACGUUUACAUUGGGUGGAAUUUAUGUCAAAAUUUUAUCAUGGAGCUGGCUAUCCAUUUGAACCGUUUGAUUUUCGAACGAAACUUGAUGAAUUAUAAUUGAAAAUUUAAAAAAAAAAUUUUUAGAAACAAAUUGAUAAACUUUAAUCAAGAUUUUUUCACAGAAAAAA